UGAAAAGCAAAACAACUUAUCAAGCAAAAAAUAUGCUUGGAAGAUUUUCUGCCCAGAGACCAUGGCCUGUUUUCAGAAGCCAAACUGAAUAAAGAGAGUUCUAAAAGAGGCAAACAUUUGCAAAGCAGUCCUUGAGCGAUUAUUAGCUGUUGUCCUGGAUAGAAAGCAACCAGGGAAUCCAGUUUCCUUUUCUGAUCUUCCUGACGUUAUUUCACUACAGCAUUUACAUUCUAUUCUCUUUCAAAGAAGAAGACAAAAUGGUUAAGAAAGAGAUAAGUGUGUUUCAGCAGACUCAGGCCCUCCUGUGCAAGAAUUUCCUUAAAAAGUGGAGAAAGAAGACAGAGACCUUGUUGGAAUGGACACUGGCCUUGUUUAUGAGCCUGUAUCUGUGCUUCAGCCCGGAAAGCUUCACAGCCACCCAAUUUCCUGAACAUCCUGCUCAUGUCCUGGGUCCUAUGGGUGAAUUUAAUGACUCGGAAUUAGUGGUGGCAUAUACACCAGUCACUAACCUGACACGGAGGAUAAUGGACAAGGUGGCUCUGGCUCCCUUUAUGAAAGGGAGAGAGCUCAUCGAAGCACCGGAUGAAAGAACCAUGGACAGAUUAUAUAACGACAACACAGACAUCAUCGGGAUUGUGUUUGCUGAUAUUUUCUCCUAUCAGCUGAAGCUUGAUUGGGGAUACAGAAUUCCACAUACGAUGGAGCACCCUGAAUACUCAAAACAUUGUCAAAGGUGGAGUGAUCACAUUUCUUGUUCCUUGAAAAUAUAUUGGGAAAAAGGACUUGUGGUUUUUCAAAGUGCAAUCAAUGCUGCCAUUAUAGAAAUCGCGACGAACCACUCUGUGAUGGAGAAGCUGCUGUCUGUCACCGGGAUCAAUAUGCGGACACUGCCUUUCAUUACUAAGAGCAAAGCUAUCAAUGAAUUGGUUAUGUUAACCUCCAUCAUGUCCUUCUCCCCUUUUGUAUACUUUUUAUCCUUAAAUAUUACGAAGGAGAGGAAACGCCUUAAAAAACUGAUGACCAUGAUGGGUCUCCGAGAGUCAGCAUUCUGGUAAGUGAUUACUCGAUUAUCAACACUGAGUUCCUGUGGGAAAGCAUGAGGGUACCACCACCACAGUUGGGUACCCUCCCUAGUGUACACGCACGCUGCUUAAUGGUUUUUUUGUUAAUCACGUUGAAAGAUGCUGUCGGUGGAAAAUAAGGAAGGCUUUCCCGAGUGGAACAAAAAAAAAUGUGAUUCUUUUUUCAGU